GGGGCGCGGCCGGGCGGCGGAAGGCAGCGGCGCUUCCGAGGCGGGGCUGGGCAGCCGCGUGCGGCCAUGGUGAGGCGGCGGCAGGAGGAGGAGAAGGAGAAGGAAGAGGAGGAGGAGGUGGUGGCGGCGGCGGUGCCCUCCCCGGCGGCGGUGCCCUCCCCGGCGGCGGUGCCCUCCCCGGCGGCCUCCGAUGGCGAGGAUGCCCCCGAGGAGCUGUCUUUCGGCGCGGCGGCGGCGGCGGCCGAGAGCGAGCGGCAGCUGGCCGGGGAGGCGGCGCGCAGGCACCGGGAGCUGCUGAAGGAGAAGCGGCGGCGGCGGCAGGAGCUGUUCGUGGAGCAGAAGAGGAGGAAGCUGCUGCCCGAGGCGCUGCUGCAGGAGCUGGCCGCAGGACGACCGGAGAAGCCCGCUGCAGCUGAGCGAGACAAGCAGCCUGGCAGUAGGUCUGAGAAGCAGAGCGAAGGCCGUGUGCUCAAACAGGCGAAGCAGGACAAAGCCAGGGGUGCCAGGUCAAAAGGAAACUACACAGCUAUGCACUUAAAAGAUCAGAGCUUAACAGGGCUCCACCAACAAACAGCCAAAGACUUCGUGUACAGCCAUCUCUACGGCCCAGGCACCAACCGAACAAGUGCAAAUGAAUUUUUUUCCCUUGCAAACAAGAAAGAUCCAGUUAAAAAAGCUGCAGUUCAGUUUGUGGACAAAUCUUGGGGGCUAGAAAAAAAGCAAAAAGCAACCAAGUUUAAGAAACACUGGAUUUCAAGGAAGAUGUAAAGUACAGCAUGAAGACAUGCCAUCAAGGACUAGGGCUAAAGAUUCUCACCACCUGUAUAUGUAACAGCUGUUGUUUUUCUGCCCCCUUCUCCAUCACCACUGCUCUUUCAGCAGGUACUGAUCUUUACCGAGCUGUGUCCCCAUUGCCCUGUGUUCUUUACCUCCCCCUUUCAGAACUUAGUGGGGGCAGCUAAUGAAGCGCUGAGUCACAGCAGGGACAGGGUGACCUUCAGGGGCUGCUAGAGCUGGACUCCAUUUCAUGAGAGAAUAAAGACAAAUGACUUUGUACUUAC